AUACACCCCAUCUCAAAAAUGAAAAACCCAUUCAUUCUAUUUCUCUCAGAAUCUUACGUCUCUCUCUCUCUCUCUUCCUCUUUCUCUCUCUCUCUAUGUCUAGAUUCCAAUAUUCUUCUUUUUCACAAAUUUCUCAGCAUAUGACAUAAUUACAAGUAUACAUAGAUCCUCACUCCCUUCACAUUCUCUUAGUAUCCAUUUUGAUCAUCAGCAUCAACAACAAAAAAUAAUCAAAUCGGAACAACACACACAGGGGAGAGAUAAAAGAUGGGGAGCUUGAAUCCGCCUCCUGAGCUGAGUUUGGAUUUCAAACCCACUUUUAUCCCCAAAACAAUCAGUCAAUUUCUAGAACAAGUAUCCACAAUCGCUACGCUAUCUGACAAGAUAUUGAAACUCGAUGAUUUUGUUACCCGAUUAGAAGCCGAAAUGCGGAAAAUCGAUGCCUUCAAACGGGAACUCCCUCUUUGCAUGCUCCUCAUUAAUGAUGCAAUCAUUACAUUGAAAGAGGAGACGAUUGUUUUGAAGAAAUCAUCAAACCCUGAGCCAGUACUUGAAGAAUUCAUACCCCUCAAGAACACUAGUGAUGAAGAUGCAAAACUCGAAAUCAUCAGUAAAGAAAAGUGCGGUGGAGACAAGAAGAAUUGGUUGAGCACCACUCAGCUUUGGAACAAUCCAAAUCCAAAUCCAAAUCCAAACACAAAUCAAACCCAAAUUUGGAAACCAAAAUCAAUUCAUCAAAUUACCAAAAAGAGAACUGAUGAAGAAGAUGAUGGAAUGAUCGACGAUCCAUAUCCCACCAAAGCAUUUAUCCCAUAUAAGGGAAUUUGUGGGUUUACAGUGGUGGAGGAAGAUAAGGAGGAAUCACCGAUUCCAGGGCUCUCUCUUAUCACCCCUGGAAUCAAGAAUCCAAUGAGGGGAAACCUUUUGCUUACAAAAACAAAUUCCAAUUCCAGAUUGCUUCCUUGUUCUUCACCAAAUGCUCAACAAACAUCUAGAAAACAAAGAAGAUGCUGGUCAACAGAGCUGCAUAGACGAUUUGUCAAUGCCUUACAGCAACUCGGUGGUUCACAAGCUGCAACUCCUAAGCAGAUUAGAGAGCUUAUGCAAGUCGAUGGGCUUACAAAUGAUGAAGUCAAAAGCCAUUUGCAAAAAUACAGACUUCAUACACGAAGACUUCCACCAUCUUCUAACAAUUCAUCUGCAAAUCAAUCUGGUGUCGUUUUGGGAGGAUUAUGGAUGGGUUCCCAAGAUUCAUAUGUUGAAUCGUCAAAGAAUAGAAUCUCUAAUUCCGGUUCCCCUGAUGGCCCACUCCUUAUCGGCACCACCACCACCACCGGUGACAAUAGCGAUGGUGAAGAUGACAAAUCUGAAAACUACUGCUGGAAGGGUCAUCAUGAUGUAUAAAUCUUGAGAUUUUGGAAAAAUAAAUAUAGGUGAGAUAUUAUAUAUAUAUAUAAAAAUAUAACUUAUACAUAAAGAAGGACGAAAUUUUGCAGGAUUAGUUUCCUUUUUCUUUUUUCUUUUUUCUUUUUUUUCCUAUAUUAAACUUUUUAUAGAUUUAAAUUGUUGCCAUUUUCUUGGAUUCUUUGUCCAAGUAGUUUCAUGUGAAGCACAUCUGUAUUUGAGAUGAGGAACAUGAUGAUUGGAGUAUGCAGUAUUUUAAGCA